AUGGGUAAGGCGCAAAAGAAGACAGGAAAGGGUCGACUCGACAAAUACUACAAGCUCGCAAAAGAGCAGGGGUAUCGAGCACGUUCGGCCUUCAAACUCAUCCAGUUAAACAAGAAAUAUUCGUUUCUUGAGUCAGCAAGAUGUACUAUCGAUCUUUGCGCUGCUCCCGGUGGUUGGUUACAGGUCGCGAGCAAAUACAUGCCGGCAAAUAGCAUCAUUGUCGGUGUUGAUCUUGUACCCAUAAAACCUAUCCCCCGAGUCGUCACCUUCGCUGCUGACAUCACCACUCCACAAUGUCGAAACUUGAUUCGGGGAGAGCUGAAGGAUUGGAAGGCGGAUGUUGUGCUUCACGAUGGUGCACCAAACGUUGGAACUGCUUGGAUUCAAGACGCCUACAGUCAAUCGGAGCUUGUGUUGAUGAGUUUGAAGCUGGCGGUCGAAUUCUUGUCCAAAGGCGGAACGUUUGUUACCAAGGUUUUCCGGAGUGUGGACUACAACAACCUCAUUUGGGUUUUUAACCAACUGUUUGGCAAGGUGGAAGCCACGAAACCCCCUUCGUCCAGAAAUGUCUCUGCCGAAAUCUUUGUGGUUUGUCGAGAGUUCCUCGCGCCUAAGCACAUAGAUCCCAAAUUCCUGGACCCCAAGCAUGUCUUCAAGGGUUUAUCGUCCACCAUUGCAGCUACUGAGAAAGGAAUCUCUGCUGGCGACGCGCAGUCCAACGUAUUUCACCCCGAGAAGAAAAGGCGGCACCGUGAUGGAUACGCCGAUGGAGAUUAUACCCUUUUCACGUCCAUCACAGCCUCUUCCUUCAUCCACGGGAAAGAUCCAGUGUCAGUACUUGGUGGUGCCAAUAAAAUUACCUUCCUGUCAGAAGAAGAGAAAGAGUGGCUUGCGCUAGAUAUUACAACUGACGACGUGAAAGCAAAUUGUGAUGACUUGAAGGUUCUAGGCAAGGGCGACUUCAAGACCUUGAUUAAAUGGCGGCUCGCUCUGCGAGAAGAGCUCGGCAUUGAUGUCAAGUCGAAGGAAAUCGAAGACUCGACCGAACACGCUGAAGUUGUUGAGGUUAUUGACGAAGAGCAACAAAUCUCCGAAGAAUUGGGAAGACUAAAUGCUGAAGCAGCGGCCCGCGCGAAGCGAGAAAGACGGAGAGCAAACGAAAUCAAAUCGAGGACAAUUCAACGUAUGCAACUGCAGAUGACUGCUCCCUUAGAUAUUGGCUUAGAACAACGUGAUGCUGCUCUUGGUAUUGGUCAAGACGAUGUAUUCAACCUAGGAGAAUCUUUUCCCAGGAAGCGACGAGGAGGCCUCACCAUGGACGAUGAUGGCGACGCCGUUGUCGAAAGUAGUGAGGAGGAAGGAGAAGACGAGGAAGAAAAGCCCCUUGACUCAGAAGAGGAGAGGGAGAAGAGGUUGUCCGGACUGGAAGCCGAGCUGGACGGGCUUUACGACGCCUACCAAGGUCGGCUGCGGGAGCGCGAUGCCAAAUUCAAGGUGAAAGAGUCACGGAGAAAGAAUGCUGAACGGGAAGCAUGGAAUGGCAUCAAGAGCAAUGGCUCUGAUGGAGAGGACUCCGACGAAGAGGCGGAAGAGGAAGGUGGCUGGGACAAUAUGCAAAAGGCGAGAUUGGACGACAGCGAGGACUCGUCAGCAGACUCGUCAGACGAUUCGGAUGCUGAGGAACAGAGCUCGAAAGCGAAAAAACGCGUACAAUCUUUGAAGGAUUUGGGCCUGAAGAAGAGCAAGCGACAGCGGCUGCAAUCACCGUCGGACGCUGUGGACGCUGUGCCUGCUUCAAACGCCGCUGCCAAGGUGUGGUUCUCUCAGGAUGUUUUUGGUGGAAUCAAUGGACUCGAUCAACUCAGCGAGGCGGAAGAUUCUGAUGACGACAUGGACGCAGAAUCAGAACAGCUGAGCGAAUCCGAUGAGGAUGUUGAGACAGACGAAGAUGAAGAUGUGGAGUCUGAUGAUUUCGAGGCUGUUCCCCGAGAGCAAGAUGACGACGGCGACCUUUGGGAUGGGGACGAUGAAAAUCAAGACGAAAAAGUACAGGCAAAAAUAAAAGAGCUUGGCCUGACAACUGCAGAGGCAGUCACGAUUGCCCAGCAGCUGGUAAAUCGUGAAAAGACGAAAACUCAGCUGGUGAACGAAGGCUUCAAUCGAUAUUCUCUAAAUUCAAAAGAGGGUCUUCCUUCCUGGUUUUUGGAUGAGGAGGCAAAACAUUAUAAACCUAACAUCCCAAUUACGAAAGAGGCUAUGGCAGCCCUGCGAGCGAAGCAGCGAGCACUAGAUGCGCGGCCUAUCAAGAAGGUUGCAGAAGCGAAAGCUCGCAAGAAAUUCAAGGCUGCCCAAAGGAUUGAGAAAGCAAUGAAGAAGGCGGAGGGUGUCAACGCGACUGCCGACUUGACCGAGCGCGAAAAGGCUCAGCAAAUCGAUAAACUCUUACGGAAAGGCCUAUCGUCAGGCAAGAAAGUAAAGGACAUCAAAGUUGUCGUCGCAAAAGGUGCACAUAAAGGGAUCAAGGGUAGACCAAAGGGCGUUAAAGGCCGAUACGCAAUGGUGGAUGCAAGAAUGAGGAAAGAGGUGCGGGCGAAGAAGCGCAAGGAGAAAGCUACUCGUAAGCGGUGA